GCGGAUGCUCUCGGCUCCAUCCUCCCGCAUCCGACGCGCCACAGCUGGGCUGCUGCCACCACCGCCGGGCUCCGCAUUCCUUCGCCUUCUAUGGCCAAAUCCUUCGGGGUGGGAGGGAUCCGCUCGCUCGGGGAGAAGCGCUCCUCUCCAUUGGCCGCUCCUGCCCAAACUCCGGGAGGCUCAGCCCGCUCUUGGUGCCUCGUCCUCUCUCCGACGCUCCUUCUCGGCUCCCCGAGGGAUCCCCCCAGUUUGCCUCUGGCUCAGGUCAAACCAAAUCUGCCAAGAUGUCCAGCAAGCGAGCCAAGGCGAAGACCACCAAGAAGCGUCCUCAGCGUGCCACCUCCAAUGUCUUUGCCAUGUUCGACCAGUCACAGAUCCAGGAAUUCAAGGAGGCUUUCAACAUGAUAGACCAAAAUCGUGAUGGGUUCAUUGACAAGGAGGAUCUGCAUGACAUGUUGGCAUCUCUUGGGAAGAACCCCACUGAUGAAUACUUGGAAGGCAUGAUGAGUGAAGCACCUGGACCCAUCAACUUCACCAUGUUCCUCACCAUGUUUGGAGAAAAGCUGAAUGGAACUGAUCCAGAGGAUGUCAUCCGCAAUGCUUUUGCCUGUUUUGAUGAGGAGGCCACAGGCUUCAUUCAUGAAGACCAUCUGCGUGAACUUCUCACUACUAUGGGUGACCGGUUCACAGAUGAAGAGGUUGAUGAGAUGUACCGAGAGGCCCCCAUUGACAAGAAAGGCAACUUCAACUAUGUGGAGUUCACCCGUAUCUUGAAGCAUGGAGCCAAGGACAAAGAUGAUUAAAACCAAAAGAGAUUCCAACUUCUAGGUCACCCUUUUAAGAUCUUAAUCCCCUUGCUCUGCCUUAAAAAUGCCUGUCAGAAUGGGCUAACCUGAAAGGGAUAUGUUUAUAAACUUGAAGCCAAGCCCUGAUCUAAACGAAGGAAAGGCUUGCCACACAUUCACAUAUGUUACACAUGGAUCUGAGCUGAUCCUUUUUAAAGCUACUCCUCAAUUCUGUACAUACAGAGUAAAUUACAAGUAACCUCACUUUUCCAAAGUGUAGCUGCAGAUAUGAUUGCAGUGGAAUGGAGAAACUAUCUGGCACUGCCACCAGACCAUUCAACACUGUCCAGCUGCUUCAUAUAACUACAUAGGAAUGGAUCCAAGGGCUGGUGGGAGGCACUAUAGAGAUGGCCAUUUGAGGCUUUACGUAGAUGACUAAUGUCUCUGUUGUUGACAAUAUAUAUUACAAAUACAGCACUUCUAAACUUGCAAUGUGACUUAUGAUCUGUACACAGUUGUUAUUACUAUCACUACUACCAUCACAAAUCUAUUAGAUAAGGCAUUGUUCUUCCCAUUUUUAUAUUUAUCCUACAGAAGUCAAAAUCAAGACCACACUCUUCAGAUCCCAAAUCAAACUCUUAAUAUAUGUGCUGGAUGAUGUUGGCCUUCACCUUCCCUGAAUGUACUGAAUCCAUUCAAACAUCAAUAGGCUAUCAGUCCAACCUUGGUUCCCUAGGGGUAUCCAGCUUGGUUGAGAUGGAUAACUCCAUUUUGCACUUGCAUAUUUUGGAGAAAAGAACAUCUCUCCAUCAGAAUAUCUGCAGAAAUUCUCUUGUGUUGUUGAAGGCUUUCAUGGCCAGAAUCACUGGGUUGCUGUGAGUUUUCCAGGCUGUAUGGCCAUAUUCCAGAAGCAUUCUCUGCUGGCCUUUCACCCACAUCUAUGGCAGGCAUCCUCAGAGGUUGUGAGGUAUACUGGAAAAUAAGCAAACACCUCCCAACAAAAGAUUUCCCCAGGCAGGAAUCAGCCAGGCCUUGAAGCUGCAAGGUUUUGCAAUGACAAUCAAGGUUAUUAAUUGCAUCAUUCACACUUGCCUCCAACAGACAAGAAUUCUUUCUCCCACCCUGGACCUUCCACAGAUAUAUAAACCUCCCUUACUUAGUUUCCAAUAUACCUCACAACCUGUGAGGAUGCCAGCCGUAGAUGUGGGCAAAACAUCAGGUGAGAAUGCUUCUGGAACAUGGAUAUACAGCCCAGAAAACUCACAACAACCCAAAAAUUAUUUCUCCCGCCUUCCUACAUGCAUCACAUACCACACACACCAAUACCCUUUUACCAAUGAAACAAUGAUCCUCUUGCCCUAAAUUCUUGUUGGCCAUACAUUUGGAUCAUAUAGUGUUAGUCAUAAAUUAGAUUAUGGAUCCAUGAAAUUCACAGUCCUUGCUCACCUGAUCUACUUAGGUCCUAAAUAGAGUGAUUUUAUUUCUUUUUGGUUAGCUGAAAAAAAAUUGGGCAGGAAGUGCAUAAGAAGUAAAAUUGCACUUACAUUGAUCCCAAAAAGAAGGUUAUUCAGCAUUUUAAAAGUACACAUUUUUGCUAUUUCAGAGGACCUUUUAUACCUAUUCCUGCUGGUAUCUCCACUUGUGAAAUCAGAAUGUAGCCUCAGCCAUACAGUUGUUUUUUGACAGUUAAAUCAAAGAUUUUUGACACAAGGAGCAAAGAAAUUAAUCUGAAUAUAAAGAAUAUAAUAAAAUAUGUUCUCGUUCUA